AUGGGCUGCAUGAAAUCAAAGCAAACUUUCCCAUUUCCUACCACACUUGAGAAUGAGAAACGACACUCAAGUGAAGAAAACUUUAUGCCAGAAGAGAGAUUUCUACCAAGGAUGCCUUCUCCAGUUGUCGAAGAGAACGUGAAGACGCCCCCAGAGCCCAGUGUUGUGGUCCUAGAAUAUGCACACCGUCUGUCCCAGGAAAUCCUGAAUGAUGCCUUGCAGCAGUGGGCAUGCAAUAACAUCAAAUACUGUGAUAUCCCAUACAUUGAGAGCGAGGGGCCUUGA